AUGAUAUACUUUAAAGGUAUAUCAUAUUUAUUAAUAAAGUAAAUGUUACUGGUACAAAGCGAAAUAGUUUAAGUAUGUGUAUCUCUUAAAACUCAAAUUAUAAACAGGUGGAAUGCCUGAGAAAUGCUUAAAAUACUCUCUAAUACAAAUAAUAUAGCAUUUUCAAAAAGUAAUGAUUGUAUCUCAUUUAAAUCUACUAUUAGCGAAGUUUAAAGAAUGCUUUGUGGAAAGGGUUGGAUACAUCCAAAACUCCAGUAGAUAUUCAUCUUGAUUUGUUACCAAUUGCAUUUAACUAAUAACUUUAUCGUUGAUCGGAGCAAAGGCACAUCAUGUUUAGAUGGCUAACCUCCUAUUAUGUGA